ACUCUCCUCUUCUUCUGACCAACGAUCCAUCAGCUACACUUUGGGUCUAGCCAGUGACAAAAACUGAGCCCCUAGAUGUGCGUCUAUUGGUCGAAUUUACGACUACGUGGAUUUUGUGCGCUGGUCUCCUCCUGUAUUUCAACAAAGAUCCGUUCAUGAGUGCUACGGACCCCCCCGAUAUAUUUUCACCGCUAGUGUUUUUGUUGGAUACGAACCCGGAAUGGCAGAGGAGCAGCGGAGCAAGCAGCCUACUUGGGCGAGGCUUGCGAUGCUUCUCCUUGGUGGCUUCGCGAUUGGUUUCUUCGUUUACGCAAUUCAUGAGCACUACUUCACCAGAGAUGAUGGCGUGACUCGACAGGCUCCGUUACUCUCUCGACUACGAGGAAUGAACACCGAAUCCGUGACAAGGGCAUCGGUAAAUCGGGACAGCACACCGGCGAUUUCUACAGCGGACCCCCAGCCGCCUUAUGCAGUCAUCCCCGCAUUCACGGAUGCCCCCUCAAACUCAAACUCGAGCGGCACUGGAAGCUCUGAGAUGCUGGGGGGUUCAAUUAUUUCCGGUGGGGAUAGCAUUCUCGUGGACACGUCUGCGCCUGCCUCCCCUCCCCAAGGGGCCGCUUCCGAAGCUACUUCCCAAAACGCUUCCUUGAUUAAUGUGCUGCGACCCGAAGCUGCUGAGAAGCAAGAAGCUGACGCUUACAGGAUCGUCGCCUUUGCCGUUGACGACAGUGAACACGUUAUCGAUGUAACAGACGCGGAGCCGAACGCUGGUGUCCUCCCUUAG